GUCCGCGCGCGCUGUGGCUCUGCUCAUUCUGCACUGGCUGCUGUCAGCACGCAGAGUCUAAACGGCGACGCAUAAACGCCGCUAUUCCACAAAACCCCGUGUUGACACGCAAAACAUGAAACUAGCGCUUUGGAUAUCCGUCUGCCCUAAAACCCCAGAUGACAAGCCUUAACCCGCAUCGGAAUGGUUGGAGUAUGAAUUGUAUCUGGACUGCAAGAGCUGCGCUUUGCUAGAGCUGUACUCAAAAUAUACAGGUGGCUUUCACAUUGGAAUCUUAAACAUCUUAUUCUGACUGGUAAAGCAGGAUAAAGCAGAGGGAAAGGGUUCAACAUCUGCUGAACACAUCAGCGGAAGGCUGUCACCAGGUGGGCUAUAUACUGUGGCUUUGGAGAGGACUUAUUCAUGCCCAAAGGCCUUGGCUGUUCACAGUGGGGAUGAUCUGGUGCGCUACACACAGGCCUAUCAUUAGGCCAUUGGGGCCCAUGCUAAGGAAUGGAUAGUUUUUCCUGUUAAAUGUUACAGUGCAACUUCCCUUUAACUAUGGGGCACCGGUAAAGGAUUGGUUUGAUAAUCCCUUUUUCCCUUUUGGAAUCAGCUGAAGCAGCAGUUGAGGCUAAGAAAGGCAAAAUCUUUAAGGAUUUUUAGGAUUGAUAAACUAUCACAUUUUAUAUGAAGGUGUCUCCGUUUUAUUUAUAUUUUUUAAGUGACUAGUGAAAUAUCACAAAAUUGACUUUUUGAUUUAUGAAUGAACAAAGACCAUGGCGGCUACUUAUCGCAUUGUGGUUAGCAGCAUAAACUGUUACAACAGCGUUGUUAUUGACCGUCGUGUCCAGCACACUGUGCACUAUUGUAAUGGACCCUGUGGUGCGCUAAAACAUGGACUGAACUGCACAGUUGCUCACCGCAGUACUUGUGCUGAACUUCUCGAUACGUCUAUAUCCAGAACCUGCUCUGAAAGGCCCAUAAACCUUCAUGAGUCUAAAACUAUAGAGAAUGGCAACACUGGGCCUGUUGCCUUCUGUGAUGACUACCACCAGGUAAUUCCCAGAGUCAAGAAAGGAUCAGCCAUCCAAAGCUCAGCAAGCCUCAAAGAUAUUACAGGGGAGGCUAUCAACCUGGCCAGUGGGAAAAUCAAGGAGUUUUCAUUUGAGAAGAUCAAGUACUCCUCCAGCCAUGUGACAUUCAGAAAGGGCCGCAAGGUUCGGCCUGACUCUUUCAGCAGGAGGUCUACAGAUCUAGAUAUCAUAUAUGGCCAGUUCACAGGCAAUGAUGAAAAUUGUCCUCCAUUUGGCCUCUUUCAGAAGUCUGUACUGGAAGAGCAUAAGCUAAGUCGCAGCGCAUCCCUGGAGCAGAACCUAAACAAUGUGGCCACACUCUACCUGAACAGCCUCACAGAGGAAAACCUAAUAACCCGCAUUCUGGAGAAGACCAAGGCAGACAGCAGUGCCUCAGGAGAAGACAUAAAAGCCUGUCUUGACAUUCUGCUCAAGUGCUCAGAAGAUCUGAAGAAGUGCACAGACAUCAUCAAACAGUGCAUCAAAAGAAAGUCAAUGGGUGGAACUAGUGAUGACUCAGGGAAUCCUGAAAUCAUUUAUAAAAAUGUGAUGGCCCGACUCUCCAACUACCUAAAGAGACUUCCUCUUGAGCUGGAACAGGGACAAAGUAUAAGGCAGGAGCACAGUGAGCUUGCUGAACUAGUCAAUAGUAUACACGGACUACAACAAAUCCCCUUCUCGCCUAUCUUUGGCAAUGAACAACCUCCACGAUAUGAGGACGUUGUUCAGUCUCCUCCACCUACGAAGCCUCGAAAUAAACCCUCCCAGCCAGAACCUUCAGAGGGUUCUAGGGAACUUACAGGCAGUUUGAAACCUAUUCAGAGUGUCCCUGGUUUGUCAGCACGAACACCUCCAUCAACUAAUGGGUUCUCCCAUGGCAGCUUGCCUACAGCCUCCAGUAGCAGUUCAACACCAUUUAUCUGCCAGCAUACAGUUUCAACCAGCCGACCAGACACAUUUUCUUCUGCAAAUUCUUUCUUGUCUAUCAGUAAUGAAAACCUUUGUAAGGAUCCAAUGGAGGCUCUGUACAUUGAGGAAGAAGAUUCAGAUAUAGGAAGGAUGCCGGACAGGCCAGUUAAAGGGGAUGGGAAGCACAGCUGUAAUCUUUCGGAGUCCAGACAAUACUCCAAAAGAACUACUGGCUACUCAGAGCCUAGUGGUGGUGUUUCGGAUAAACUACAUGAGCUUAGCAGAAACGGAACCACAUUCAAGCCGCAAAAUGACUCUACUGUCAACCAGAUGUACCUGCCAAAAAGCACAGAUUCUAAACUGUUCUCAAGGUCCACCUCACACACGAGUAAAGGGGGAGCCGAUGAUAUUGAUAAACUCCUGAUGGACCUGGAGUGUCUUUCCCAGAACAUGCAAAAGGAACCUCCAUUGCCUCCUAAGCUUAAAAAUUGUGCCCUACAGACAAGUUCCCCCCAGCAUUUGAUUGGUAACUCUGUGGUUAAGGAUCUACCUGUUGUAGGUUUCUCUGGACCCUCGGUGGCCAAGCCACCAGAGCCAGGGGUUGAGUCUACUGAAGAGGAUGAUGGAGCUCUUCUGCUCAGGAUUCUGGAGAGCAUUGAAAGCUUUGCUCAGGAGCUGGUGGAGAGUGGAGCCGGGAGAGGAACUCAAACUAAGGAGCGAGAAGUCAUGCGUCUUCUCCAGGAAACAUUGGCCAGCACCAAAGCAGAAGUUACCCCACUCCCCCUUCCUGAAUCUGAGACUGCACCUAGCCCUCCACAAACACCACAAUGUAAACCUGCAUCAACACUUUCAAAUACACCUACUGCCAUACAAAUCCCUGCUUCUACUUUGAGGGACACAGGAUCCACUCUUCUCAUUCAACAGACACCUGAAGUCAUCAGGAUCCAACCUGAAAAGAAACCUGGAACUCCUCCUCCAACACUAUCACCUGCACCGUCCUCGCCGACCCCACGGCCACCCAGCCCUCCUCCAGCCAAAGUAGUGGCCACACCACCACCCUCCUCCAUAAACAUUCCACGCUUCUACUUCCCCAAAGGCCUUCCAAACUGUGCAGCCAACUACGACGAGGCCAUUGCCAAAAUCGAAGCGGCCUUCACUGAGUUCGAAGAGGAGAAAGCUGACAUUUAUGAAAUGGGAAAGAUAGCAAAGGCAUGCGGGUGUCCCCUCUAUUGGAAAUCACCAAUGUUUAUUUGCGCUGGUGGAGAGAGGACAGGUUUCGUUUCUGUUCACUCAUUUAUUGCAACAUGGAGAAAGUUAUUGCACAGCUGCUAUGAUGAUGCAUCCAAGUUUGUUUACUUGUUGGCCAAACCAGGCUGCACUUACCUGGAACAAGAAGAUUUUAUCCCUCUGUUACAGGACAUUGUGGAUACUCAUCCUGGGCUGACUUUUUUAAAAGAUGCUCCUGAAUUCCAUUCCCGGUACAUCACAACAGUGAUUCAGAGAAUAUUUUACACAGUCAAUCGCUCCUGGACAGGCAAGAUCAACAUGACAGAGCUCAGGAGAAGCAACUUCCUCCAGACGCUCGCCUUGCUGGAAGAAGAGGACGACAUCAAUCAGAUCACAGAUUAUUUCUCUUAUGAGCACUUCUAUGUUAUUUACUGUAAGUUCUGGGAGCUUGACAGUGACCAUGACCUCUUCAUUGACCCCAAGGACCUGGCCAGGUACAAUGACCAUGCUUCAUCAAGCAGAAUCAUUGAGAGGCUGUUUUCAGGAGCUGUCACAAGGGGAAACUCAGUGCAGAGAGAGGGGAGAAUGAGCUAUGCAGAGUUUGUUUGGUUCCUCAUUUCAGAGGAGGACAAAAAGAACCCCACAAGUAUAGAGUACUGGUUCCGCUGUAUGGAUAUGGAUGGAGAUGGUGUUCUGUCCAUGUUUGAACUGGAGUAUUUGUACGAGGAGCAGUGUGAACGCAUGGAGGGGAUGGGCAUUGAACCACUGCCUUUCCAGGACCUCCUGUGCCAGAUGCUGGACUUAGUCAAACCAGAAUGUCCAAGUAAAAUUACUCUUCGAGAUCUGAAGCGCUGCAGGAUGGCACACAUUUUCUACGACACAUUCUUCAAUCUGGAGAAGUACCUGGACCAUGAGCAAAGAGAUCCCUUUGCAGUGCAGAAGGAUUUGGAUAGUGACGGUCCAGAGCCCUCAGACUGGGACAAGUAUGCCUCUGAAGAGUAUGAGAUUCUUGUGGCAGAGGAGACAGCCAACGAACAGCUACGCGAGGGGUCUUUCGAUGACGAUUACGAGUCCGAUGAGCUCACAGUCUCCUCAGACAUUGGAAAUAAAAUGGAUAAGCUGGUCAUAUCUGAUUUAUCGGCAUAAUCUGCCGUUUUUUUGUCUACACACAGUGAUGUUGAAUGGAGAACCACCACGCCAUAUUUUCCCCUCACGUGUCAAAAAGGGAAAAAAGGAGAAAGUUUUUCUACGUUUCAUUAAGGACAAUUGUGUGUGUGUGCAUGUGUGCAAUAGAACUAAUUCUAAAACCAAAAGGUUUCAGACACCCACAAAAAAGGCUUUAUGUGCAAUAUGUCUUAACAUGUAUAUGUAAACUCAUUUUGUUUCACUCUCUUACUGAUAUCACAUCCACUUUACCCUGAAACAAAACUGCCGGCUGGUUCCAUCCACCCUUCACAAAGACUUUGAUGUGAAAAAAGGACUUUUUAGUAAUUUUAGAAUGAGUUUUAGAAUGUGUUUUAAUGUGAGUGGAACUAUAUGUAAUGCUGCCAUAUAUUUUUAAAGGGUGGGGAGGGAAAACAUACAGAGACUUUAUAGUUGUGUGGCACGUAACUCACAAAAAAAAAACUAUAUCAGUCAUGAGAUUAGCACAUGUCCUGUGCUAUGCUGUGUUGCACAUUUAUGUUUAAAAGGGUUGUUCACACAAAAGAGAAAAUUGACUCACCCUAAAUUUGUUUCAAAUCUAUAUGAGUGUCUUUCUUUUGUUGAGCACAAGAAGCUGUGUUGAAGAAUAUAGCCUUUGACUUUCAAAACUAUGUCAGUUGAUUUACAACCUGCAUUCUACCAAACAUCUUCUGUGUUCAACAGAAACAAAGAAAUUCAUAUUAGUUUUGUAACAAGUGGAUAACGAUUUCAUUUUUUUUUUUUUUUUGGUGAGCUAUCCCUUUAAGGGACGUGGCAAAUAUGUUCCUCCCAGUGGUCACUGAUGGUAUUGCAUGUUGUUGCUUAAAGAAGAGACAGAAAGUUGUGACUUUUUUGAGUGUUUGAACUUAACUACAGACAUCAAACCUCUAUUUAUUUCCAGAUAAACUGACCAGGACAAUCUUAGACUUGAAAGUGCUUUUUUUUUUUUUUUUUUAGGGAAAUGUCCUUUCUUAGCUAUAUAAUACGUUUUUAUCUGGGGACGAAAUGGUCACAUCUUUUUCAAGGAAUGUUGAGAUAAAAAUAAUAAUAAUAAUUUAUAUUAUAUAUAUUCAUGCUUUUCAUCCUCAGUGUACAGAAACAAUAUAUAUGUAUUUAAUUUCACCUGUAAUCAUAUAGAGAGAGCAAUAAAUCACUGUUUAUUUGACUUGACCAUAGUUAAAGACAUGGUUCUCCUUAAAAUGAAAAUUGAAUGAUUGUUAAGCCAUAUAAGAUGUCUGUGACUUGAUUGUCUUCACCCAGUAGGCACAGGUUGUCAAUAUGAUGUCAGAUUGACGUUGUACCCCAUUGUUGUGGGGGCGUUACAUUUUGUUUGGAAAUAAAAAUCAGGUUGACGUCAGAACCCAACGUCAGGCUGACAUUAAUGUGUAACGUACAGCCUAAAAUUAACCAAAAAUCAACGUCUAAUGAUGUUACACCUAGACGUGAUCAAACGUGACGUGACAGAUCUAAUGAUGUUACAGCUAUGACGUCAAUCAGAUGUUAGCUUUUGGUUGCCAUACCUAAUGAAUAAAUGUCAGUAUUUGAUGUCAACAUGUUAUUGGUUUAAGAUGUUCAAGUUGGAUUUUGGUCAAUUUCCAACACAACCUAAAAUCAACAAAAUAUCAACAUCAUUUGACGUAGAUAUUGGACAUCAAAGUUACGUCCUUAGACGCUGACUAGACAUUGAAUUUUGGUCACCUGACAUCACAACCUAAAUCUAACCUUAUGUUAAUGUCUUAUGAUGUUGUGUGCCUGCUGGGCAGUGUAGAACAUUUCAAGUUUUCAACUUGAAUGAAGAUCCUUGGUGAUUCACAUAAUGCAUCUAUUUUCACUUUAUAAGAGACCAAGUGUAUCAAGCAAAAGCCAUGGGUAUUUAUUUUUAUUUUGCUUAUAAAUGUUUUUAAAUCUCCCAUAAGCCAGGUAUUUUUUUAAUCACCAAGGAAAAUCUUCUUUAAUGUUCCAAAGCUGCAAAAGAAAAUCUCAGAAUAAUGAUCCGAGGUAGAGUAAAUUAACAGCAAAUCUUCAUUUGUAGGUGAACUAUCCCUUUAACCCCUUGGUUGACCAGUCAAUCAAACCACCUAAAUUCAAUCCAUAUGGAUUUGAGCUCUCUUCUGCUGUUUUCACAUUCAACAUGAAACAUCUAACAAAUUGUAAUUGCAAAAAUACUGGCCUUUCAUUAGUCGGUCAGACAGGUAGUCCUGCUCCCAAUCUCACGCCAUUGGAUUAAAAGCACCACAAAGCCACAAUGUUUACAUGGAACUCAAUCUAUGCUUGCUUAUAGUUCUCUGCACGUUAAGCUGGAUCGUAGAAGUGUCUUUCAAUGUGCUCGAUGGCCAAACCUCCCUCCACCCCAUCACACUCUUUGGUUUAUGUAAUUAGUGUAAUAUAUUUAUAUAUGUGAAGUGGUUUUGUUUGUUUUUGUUUGGCCAGCCAUUUUCAUGGGUUUACUAGUAGCUUUUUUCUUGUACUGUAGUGUAGCUCUCUUUUUUUUUUUUCGACAUUUAGGACAUUUAUUUUAUAUAGCCACUGUAAAUGUCUUUGUAUUUUAUUUUGCCAUACGAUUGACUCUGCCACUGAGUGGUAGGGGACAUUUAAAUUAUGAUAUAUCUAUAACUGCCAGUGUUAUAUUAUGUGCAUUAAGCUGACUGGGCAGGGGCUUUAUGAAGGAAUUCAUUAAGAAUUCGCUGACCGGAGACAAUCAACUGGACAUGUUUCUGCGAUUAAUGACUUGCAAGUAGCACUUCUUAUAAAAAAAGAAAAAAAAAGAAACAAACAGAGCAAUACAACUGCUGUAGUGUGUUACACUUUUAUCAGGACUAUUAGAUGAAAACAAGCUGAAACUAAACUUGACUAAUGCUACAAUCCUGGUUCAUCAUUUUUAUCACUAGCACAUUGAGCGCUAUGCAAAACUGAUCUUCUGGACAGCUCAGCUAUUGGCAGCUACAGAAGCUGUAAACAACACAAACUUGUUAGUGUGCUACUUUUUUUUUCUUUUUAUCUUUUUUUUGAGUUUUAUAUCUUUGGAUGUUUUUCUUUUGGAACUGAUAUGUCUUGCUUUGAGACGGUGAAAGAUGAGACUUAUGAUCUCUUAAGUGCUCAGAUGAGAUGGAUCUGGUGUUCGCAUGAUUUUUUUUUCUUUUGGAAGAUUAUGAAAAUAAAAAAAUGUUAUAUAA